CUUUCCAUAAAAAAGGUAAGAAAAUGGUAAUUUUGUUGAGAUUAUAAAUAAAAAUCUCAUUAAAAAAAAUUGCGGAGGAGGAAUCAGCGGCGGUUAAUUGUAAAUUUCACGAUCGAUAUCAUAUGAUUUAUUUGAUAAGAGAUCUGGUGGAAAGCUGAGACGAUGGCAGCGGGGACAAUGGCCACGGCGGCAGGGGCGGCGGUGAUACUUUAUUACGUCUGGUUAAAGAAAUCGGUGGCUAAAGACGGCGUCGACGGCGGAGAAGAAGGUGAAGAUUUAUUGAAAUCGAGCAGAUCGUUGAAGAAGAGAAUAGCAAGAAGACCGGCUCAAGCGCCCGCAACAUGGCUCGAAGCCAUCGCCACGAUAUCGGAGACUCUGAGAUUCACUUACUCGGAAACUCUUGGCAAAUGGCCGAUCGGCGAUUUGGCUUUUGGCAUUAAUUAUCUUAUGCGGAGACAGGGAAAUUUGCAAGUGGCUAGUGUAUAUGCGGGAAACAAUUGUGUGGAAUUAAAGGGGCAAGAGAUUAAAGAAGAGUUAAAUAAGCUUUUAAGAUUGUUAACUCUCUGUAUGUUUUUCUCAAAGAAGCCAUUUCCAGUGUUUUUAGACUUUGCCGGUUAUUCAGAGGAAGACGUUCUUCUUCAUAAACCCAAAGCUGGGCUUAUGAAGCCAGCUUUCACAAUUUUACGUGAGAAAGACUCAAAGUGCUUCCUCCUAUUGAUUCGUGGCACUCAUAGCAUUAAAGAUACACUAACAGCAGCGACUGGUGCGGUGGUGCCUUUCCACCAUUCAGUUUUACAUGAUGGUGGAAUUAGCAACCUUGUUUUAGGAUAUGCACACUGUGGAAUGGUUGCUGCAGCUCGUUGGAUUGCAAAGCUUGCUGCUUCUUGCUUGCUCAAGGCUCUCAGUGAAUAUCCUGACUAUCAAGUUAAGAUAGUUGGGCAUUCACUUGGAGGUGGAACAGCGGCAUUAUUAACAUACAUUCUUCGGGAACAGAAAGAGUUUGCCUUUAGCACUUGUUUUACAUUUGCCCCAGCUGCUUGUAUGACAUGGGAUUUAGCGGAGUCAGGCAAGCACUUCAUUACAACUAUCAUCAAUGGGUCUGAUUUAGUGCCUACAUUCUCAGCUGCUUCAGUUGAUGACCUUCGCACUGAGGUUACAGCAUCUUCAUGGUUAAACGAUUUGAGGGAUCAGGUUGAACACACUCGGGUCCUUAAUGUUGUUUACCGUUCUGCUACUGCUCUGGGUUCACGCCUUCCCUCUAUAGCUAGUGCAAAAGCCAGGGUUGCUGGUGCUGGUGCACUUCUUCGACCGGUUACAAGCAGCACUAAGGUUGUCAUGAAGGGUGCACAGAAUGUCGCUCAAGCUGUUGUCAGAAGCCGUUCAUCUCUAUCUUCAUGGUCAUGCAUGGGUCCCCGUCGUCGUAAUGUUGGUCCGGCAUUGAAUGCUAAAGGGGAUGAUAUGACUGAAGCUUCAGUAGUAUCAGAAAGAAGUUCUGAAGCUUUUGUGACUGAGGUGGUUACAAUAGAUCCAGUACAAACAAGUGUGGAAUGUAAUUCCGGUGGUGGUUGUGGUGGUUCCGGCUGUGAUGACACAGAUGAAGAUGAAUCCCUGAUUACAAUGGAUAGAGUUAUUACCACAUCAACCGUGGAUGAAAUCACAGGCGGUGAGUUGUGGUACGAACUAGAGAAGGAGCUUAAGAGGCGGGCAAGCGAGGUUGAUCUUCAGGCCCGAGCAGAAGAAGCAGCUGUGGCGAAAGAAAUAACGGAGGAAGAGACAGUUAUAGCUGAUACAUCAUCAGAAAGUAAAAAAACGGUAUCUUCCUCGGAUGCCUUGGAGAACCACCAGUUCUAUCCCCCAGGCAGAAUUAUGCAUAUUGUUUCGAUACCUUCAUUGGAUGCUAGUGGGAAGCUAGAUGAUGAUGAUGGCGACGGGGAUGGGGAUGGGUCGAAUGAUGAACGUGUUGGUAUAUACGAAACACCCAGAGAACUGUACAGUAAAAUCAGGCUAUCAAGAACCAUGAUCAAUGAUCAUUAUAUGCCUAUGUAUAAGAAAAUGAUGGAAUUGUUAAUUAGUGAACUCCAAAAAGAUGAAGCCAGUAACUAUUGAAGUUUUUACAAGAUUUACAUUGCUCAUUUCUUCAAGUGUAAUAUUCCUAUGAAUGUAUUUGUAACGAAGAGAAUUAGUUUUCCAAAAAAAAAAUCUAUAAGUUUAUGGUUUUCUUGAAGUAAA